AUGCAAAAGUUCAAGGGUCAUUACAAACAAGUGGUAUCAUUGAAGAAAAGUGGUUGCACAGAUAACAAUGUCAUGCUUCAUGCAUAUGCCAUUUGGAAGGAAGGUGAAGGUAGUGAUUUUGGUUUGGAACAUGCUUGGCGACUUCUGAAAGAUCAACCGAAAUGGUUAGAUCAGCUUACUGAAAAUUGCUUUAAAAGGACAAAGAUUUCCGCAUUUGGGGCAUAUUCAUCGUCAUUUAAUCCAGAAACACUGGUAGAAGAUUCUAAAGCUGACACACUACCUCAAAUUUUACAUCCAAUGGGACAAAAAGCAGCCAAAAGGAAGAGAAAGGGGAAAAGAAUAAGAACAUCUACCAAUCAUGUGGACUUGACUGGUGUGGAGGAAGCAAUGAGGGAAAGAAAUGUUCUCAAUGCCAGACUAGCAGUCCUAAGGGAGAAAGAAUUGGAAAAUGAGUACUAUGACAUUCUAAUGAAGGACACUUCUACAAUGUCUAAAAGGCAACUCAAAGACCAUAAAGCUUUUUGUAAAAUAAUUAGGCAUAAAUUAGGUAUGUAG